AAUAUUUAUAACGUUAUCAAUUCUGUGUAGUUUACUGCCAAAACGGUUGAAGAUCUGAUUUCUUCUGCAGCUAGCUCAUAUAUACAUACAUACAGCAAAGAUCAAACAGAUUGUUCUUGUUCAUCUGUGGAUUUCACUUGGAGCUAUCAUGAAGAUCUGAACUACUUGCUGCACCUCGAGAAUGUUUCACAAUCAAAGAAAUCAAGAACUCGGAUAAAGAUUCAGUUUGAAAAUUAGGGUUCCAAUCUGCCAAAUGGUGCAAAAGGUAAGAUGAUCAAUAACACUUAUGAUCAAGAAGGUGAUAUCAACCAUCAAAAACUAGCAAACAUUAGUCCAAUCUCAAGGCCAUAUUCCGGCUCAAAUAAUCCAAGAAUUGUUAGGGUAUCGCGCGAAUUUGGAGGGAAGGACAGGCAUAGCAAAGUCUUGACCGUAAAAGGAUUAAGAGACCGAAGAAUCAGGCUUUCUGUACCUACAGCUAUUCAAUUGUAUCAUCUUCAAGAUCAGCUCGGAUUAAGCCAACCGAGUAAGGUCAUAGAUUGGUUGCUUGAUGCCACUAAAGAUGAUAUCGAUAAACUCCCACCUCUCCAAAUGACACCAGAAGGCUUCAAUCGGUUCCAUAUUCCACCCAAGUUUGUUCCUCAAGACUUCAAUUCUACACAACUUGCUUUUUCGCCAUUUUUCAACGCUUUGAAUUACGAUCAUAAUCUCAUCGAUGGAAUAAAUCAGCAAAGAACGAAUAAAGGGAAAGAAGCUAUGCAGGCAGAAAACAAGUAUUGCAAUUACUCUUAUGAUCAUCUUCAGCCAUCUUCGAAUCUAUCUAUAUCGCGAUUCAGCCACCAACCAGCUGAUGGUAAUUAUGCAUCUAUACUUCCUUAUUCUUCAUUGUCUUCCACAUCCGAUCCCCAGUUUUUCUCAUGCUUUUCUGGCGCAACAACGCCUUCAUUUUUCCCUCCAUACCUCAUGCCUAAUCACUUCCAGUUCUUGAGCUCAUCGAAUUCGGUUCCCCUCAACCUUAUUGACAGUACUCAAGAGAAAGUAGUACCCUUUGGAUUGAAUAUGAAUUCUAAGGUCAGUCCACAAAGCAAUGACGAUGGCUGAUUACUCAACAAUGGCGAAAGUGCUGAAAGAUUUAAAGCAGUUAAUUAGUUGUUCAGGAAGAGAAAGACUAGACGCAGGUUUACUAAUCGAUCGUGUGUAAUUUAUUUAUAGUGGAAUAU